AGCGUGUUCAUGUGAGAGAGACUCAGACUACUAGAGAGAGAGAGAGAGAGAGAGAGAGAGAGAGACAGGAAGACAGACAGACAGACAGACAGACAGACAGACAGACAGACAGACAGAGAAAGAAGGCUGAAGCACAGAGUGAAGUAAAUAAAGAAUGCAAGAAAGACAGAGUGGCGCUAUGCUUCUCUGUCUACUGUAGAUGUACGAAUUCUGUUGUGUCUGUGGAGGCAGUGUGAUACCAGGACUAUACAUUUGCUGUCUCAUCCACUUGUCUCCUAUCAGCUGGAUUUACUCAGAAAAGGACAUCAAUGACCAUUGGACCAUUUACUUGUUCACAAUAUUGCAGGCACUAAAGGUGGACUUUUAACAAGUGCAGUGACAAUGCAGGAGCAUCUCUCAGUCCAGCACAUGGGCACCAGGAGCACAAAGUUCUCCUAGUAGUGAGGUUUGUCCUGGGCCUCAUCCGGACGACCAUGACUGACCUCCUGGCCAACCUGAGUGUUCCAUGGGGCACACAGGCGAUUGUGAGCCCCAACCUGACAGCAGCUGCCCUGGUUGUGCCGGGGUCAGACAAGUCUCUGGCCCCCUUCUGCACCUUCUGCUGCUGUGGCCUGCUGAACCGUACCCUGGCCGUGGUGUUUAUGGUCAGUCUGGCCUUCGCCAUAGUGGUGGGCAAUGUGGUCACGCUCACCGUCUUCAUGCAGACAAGACAGGUCCGCACACCGCAGGGAUACCUCAAAGUCUCUCUGGCCAUAGCGGACAUGAUGGUUGGAGUGCUGGUGGUUCCUUUCUCUGUCUACACUGAGAUCUCUCUGAUGGUGACCAGUUCCCCUCCUAUCUGGUACCAGGGGGGCACUGACCCCUCCAUGGGGGGCCUGGUGGGCCCCUGGCAGCCCUGCAUGCUGAUUGGUCCAGUCUUCGCCGGCUGUACGUUUGUCUCCAUCAGUACUAUAUUCCUGAUGACGGUAGAGCGCUGUGUGGCCAUCUUAUGGCCCCUUCAUAAGGACCACCUGGUGACACGGAGACGCACCCUGUUUCUCAUCCUCUUCUCCUGGGCAGGCAGUUUCCUCCUGGCCCUGGCCCCCCUCAUCCUCAGCAACAACUUCACACUGGAGUACAGUGAGUGCAGCCGGAUGUGUAACUACGUCCCCCUGUGGGACGGAGUCACUCUGCCCUCUGACGCCAACAUCCUGCUGCUGUUCCCCGUGUUUGACUUUACGCUGCUGGGCGGCACCCUGGUAUUCAACAUCCUGUCCUUCACCAGCAUCCGCCGCUACACACGCAAACGUAAGCUCAUGUCAGAGGGGAAUGUAGGGGUCGAGGGAGGGGGAGGCGGCUGCCAACAUAGACCCUCCUUCUCUGACAUCAAGGCUGCCAAGACGAUCAGCAUUCUGACGUUUGCCUUCACUGCUUCCUUCACCCCCAUCGCUGUGUUUGUGCUGGGCAACGUGGUGGGCUUCACCUGGUGCAACUUCUCCUUUGUAGCCUUCUGGAUCCUGACUGGGAACAGCUGCUGUAAUGUGAUAAUAUACAGCGUGAGAGACCAGCGCUUCAAGAAAGGAGUGACACUGCUUUUUCAGAGGGAGCACUCACCUUCCCACGGGGAGAAAGGCGGAGCUAUACCACCCCCACUCACUUUGUGACUACACCCCAAACCCCACCUCCUUGAAUCUAUUUUGAAAAGACAACCAGUGCCCUUUUCUUUAACUUUACAAUGGAGAGAGGGAUUUAAUCGGCAUUUAACUUCAGGUAAAACAACAAAAAAAAGACAAAAUUAUGGAAAAUUAAUUGUUUCCAUUUUUUUUUCGCUGUGUCUAAAUAAUGAAACAUAACAGUAGCUAACCUAUGCGGUAUCUAGUAGUUGCCAGUUAUUCCCAGCAUCAUUUAAAUCAUAUGACUCAAGCUGUCUCAUUGGACUAGGUGAGAUAUCUGUGGGGGAUAUCUUAAUAACAUGCACUUUAUCAUAGAGAUGUAAGUAAUGUAUGGUUUUCAUUUGUUUUCUGACAUGUUUUGUGACUAUCCAGAAACGUGUUAAUUUUGCACAACUUUCUCUAUAAUAGCUUUUAUUUUUGCUAUAAUACCAUUAUAUUCAUGAGGAUGGCCUAAUCAAAUGUGUGAAUGAAAUGAAUCUAAAUGAAGAGUGAUGUUGAUUUUUUGUAAAGUUAUGGGCAAAAAUCCACAGGUACUACACAGAAAUGCAUAAUUAUGGAUAUGAAUGUCAUUCUCUUCAAGGUAAUGUAUCCUGAAUAGGUUCACAAAGGUUUACAUAUGCAAUAUCCUCUUUUGCAUAUUUGGGUAUUAUUCUACACACUGGAUAUUAUUUUAAUGAGCUCUGCCUCCGAACAAGACCAAAUGAAAUCUGAACCAAUCAUAGAUUUCUUUGUUUCACAAGUUUAGAUAUCAACGUACAGCAGAGCACAGUAGAGUACAGUACAGCACAGUAGAGUAUAGUACAGCACAGUAGAGUACAGUACAGCACAGUAGAAAUCAGUACAGUAGAGUUCUGUACAGUACAGUACAUUAUAGUGUACUCAACUGUAGUGUGCCCUACUGUGUACUGUACUAAACUCUACUGUACAGUACUGUACUAAACUAUACUCUACUUUUCUUUACUGUAAUGUGCUGUGCUGUCCAAACUUGUGAACCCAACAGUGAUUUCUGACUACUAUUUCAAGGCACAAGUGAAUGCAUACAUUUCAUACAUUUAAUUUCAAGCAUUUAUUAUUAUUAUUAUUUUUAUUUUUUUUCAUAAACUUACAGAAGGCAGAAACAUUUCUCCAAAACGAAAUAUGUGUUGAUAUUAGUUGGCAGGGGUCAUUUCUUCAACAUUAUUGUGUUUUGAUGUAUUUCUGAUACCUUUUUAAGAAUUCUUCUGGUAUAUGUUUUCAAAGACCCCUUUUCCAGAAAAUCAAAGUACGUACUUAUUCCUAAUUUCUAGGAUGGAAAAUGGUAAAAAAAAAUAUAUAUAUAUAGACUCAUUUGACACCCAGUUUGACGUGCUCCUAUGACCUUUACAUGUUGGUGUUCAUGGGUCCUUUUACAUGAAAAUGACCUUAUUCAUCUCAUGGAUGCCAGUGUACACAAGGAAAAACGUAUCUGAAUAGUACAACAAGCAAAAAUGAAUACGAAACAUAAAUGAAACAUUUAUAAAUUCAAUGAAAUAGACAAAACGAUUCAGAUGCCUUAUCUUAUGUUUUGAGUGUGAAUGACCCACAAAGACUAAAUCCUCUGUUUAAUAUGUUCUGUUUAGCGGCUGUAAAGUUACACCAUUAGAGGGGCUACAUUUACCUCUGAAUAUUCUCAUUAAAUACCAUUAUAUGUUGAGUACAACAUUAUUAUUAUUCAAGGGAAAAAAUGCUCCAGAUAUUUACAGCACUUAUACAAUGUUGAUCGAAUAAAUGCUAAUCAGUUUAUUUAAAUUCAAAUAAUAUCUAACUCGAAAUUACAUGACUUAAAGUAAAAAUUUUGUAACAUUUUCAAUAAACAUCACUCCAAGAAAUCAGGAUAAUUUCCAUAUGAUCUGAACUAAAUAGAUGUUUUGGUUCGUUUUGUCACAGUGACGAUGAUAUUUCAUGAAAAUAAAAUAUCUGUUUUGAAAUAUUUUACAAGCUUAGAGACUUUGGUUUAUGUACAAUGUGAACAUUGCUGUGUCAAUAUUUAAACACUGUACAGAACUUUAUCAGUA